AUGAGCGCCGACAACCGCAGAGUGUACGUGGGCAACCUCGCGUGGCGCGUCAGAUGGCAAGACCUCAAAGACCAUAUGAAGCAGGCAGGUGAGGUGCGCUACGUCGAGAUUAUCGAGUCCGACGGACGCAGUAAGGGCUGCGGAAUCGUGGAGUACGCCGACGCAGAAAGCGCCGAACGAGCUAUCCAAACCCUCAGUGACAGUAUGCUCUUCGACCGCAAGAUGUUCGUCCGCGAGGACCGAGAAGGCCGCCGCAACCCCACCCGAGGUUACGAAGUUCGCAUCCCGCCUCCCACCGAGGAAACCAAUGGAAGACAACUCUAUGUCAACAACCUUCCGUGGUCAACCACGUGGACUGAGUUGAAGGACCUGUUCGGAGGCAAUGAUGAAGUGGAGAGAAGCGACAUCGCAACUGACCGUGACGGUCGCUCUCGCGGGUUUGGGUGCGUCAUAAUGAAGACGGCUGAACUCGCGAAUCAGAAGAUCGACGAGCUCAACGACAAGGAGUGGCAAGGAAGAAGGCUCUUGGUCAAGCUCGACCAAGGCCCCAAACGUGAGCCAAUCGCUUAA